AUGAAGCCAUCAUCAAACACCCCGACUUCCUCCAUUGAGGAAGCAUUAAAGAUGAUUGAGGAAAGGACAUCUCAAAUGAAUUUGGAAAUUCGGAAACAUUUUGAUAGAAGUAAAAGUAGUAGUAGUAUUGAACUGAAUGUUCAAAACGAUAACGAUCAACAGGAACAACCUACAUCCAAUCCAACUAGAAACAGAGGACGAAGUUAUUUAUCCAAAGAAAACCAAAUGGAGGACAUUUCAAAGAUAUUUAAUGCGAUACGAGCAAAAAGAAAGACUGUUGAGAAAACGCCAUCUGCCACAGCUAGUAAUACUAAUCAUAGUACUCCUGUAGAUGUUUCUGAGUUUAAUUCGCCGUCUACCCGAAAGCCAUCGACACCGAACAAUAAUUUUCACCCUUCAUCCAUUUCGAGACAGGCUACACCACUUCAAAAUGUCAAUAGCACAAUCAACGGUUCGCAUCAAAGAAUCGAUGUACAACAUGUGGAUGAUUCACUAGCGACUGUAAAUAAUUUCUCAGUGAAUAGAGAAGAAGAAGACGUGUCUGAAUGUACAUCAGACCGUUCUAGCACAAGUGCAUGUAGCAUGGGUUCUCAAUAUAAUGUGGUUGAAUUACAAGCAAAAGUUGAUGCGUUAACAACCGCCUUAACAAAAGCUAACAAUAAUUUGGAAGACUUUCAAUCAGGACUGGAGACAUCAAUUCAAAAACAAAGCGAGCUGAAAAAUUAUUAUCAAAGCUUUCUCAAGAACAUGUCAAGGCAGCAUGCUCAAAAAGUAGAAGACUUACAAGAGAGAAUUAAUCACCUAGAGAAAGAAAACUAUGGACUCAAAGAACAGUUGAAAACAUUCAACAAUUGUGCGAUAAACUCUCAGGCCGUUCCAGCAACUUGUUCGAGAGAGUCUAUCUUGUCUCGAGAUGCAAUUUUGAAAGCAUCAAAAAGAGCCAGUCAAGUGUGCGCAAGCACGAAAGAAGAGUUACAGAGCUUGAAAAAGUUUUUACUAUCUGAAUAUGAUCCUUUCAAAGAAGUUUCAAAUUUUGCCCAAGAAGUAGUAUCUAAAUCCCUCACUAUUUUCAAUGACUCUCAAAUUUCUGAACAAUACAAACACAAGUUGGCGGAGCUAGAAGAAAAACAACAGCAGUUGAGCCAGCUCCUCCUCCAAGAAAUCAACUCACGAAAAAGUUUGCAAAACGAGCUCAUAGAAGAGCGAGGGAAUAUUAGAGUGUGCUGCAGGAUACGCCCUGAAUGGUCUUUUCCAGCUGAAAACACCAAAUUCGUUCAUUCACUAUUUCAUAGAAGUUGCAUUAUACACGAACAAACUACUGAUACGGUUAUUACAAUCAACAGAAAAGGAAGAAUUCGAACAUUUGAGUUGGAUCAAGUGUAUGGCACCUCCGCCUCUCAAGACCUUAUAUUUGCAGACUUGAAACCCCUUAUUCAUUCAUCAUUCGACGGCUACAAUGUUUGUAUGAUGAUGUAUGGUGAAACAGGAUCAGGAAAAAGUUUUACAAUGAAUGGAACAUCAGCACAGCAAGGCAUCAUUCCCAGAGCUAUUACAGAGUUGUUCCAUCUUAUUGACAUGCAUCGAUGUUUUUGUGAUGUAAAAUUGAGAUUAAGCGUUGUGGAAAUUUAUAACAAUGAUGUUCGUGACAUGUUGUCACCAAACGGCUCAACAGAAAAAGAAGCCUACUAUUCUUCAUCUGAGCUAAGGUAUAGUGCAGUACAAGAUGAACAACAUUUACGACAAUUAAUUAAGGAAUGUGUUUCAAAGCGAUCUGAAGGAAGAACAUUAAUGAACGCCAACAGUAGCAGGUCGCACUUUAUAGUAUCUAUCGAGAUUGAGAAGAGACUUUGUGCACAAACGGAGAAACUUCAACCUUCUCGAGAUUUUUUACUGAAACAACCUGUAGAAACAAACGAGAAAACGAACCAGCAGAACACCAGUGCACAGAAUUUGGUGACACAACCUUUGAGCACCAAAUCUGUUUUGAGAUUUGUGGAUUUAGCUGGCUCUGAAAAUGUGGAAAUGAGUGGUGUGCUUGUAAACUCUGAACAAUUUGCUGAAACGUCACACGUAAACAAAAGCCUAGCAGCCGUUCAAGACGUGGUUGUUGCGCUUGCCCAAAAACAACGCCAUAUCCCAUUCAGAAACUCAAAGCUUACUCAAGUACUUAGAGACUCUCUUGAAGGAGAUAGUAAGGUGUUAAUCAUGGUGACAGUUUCUCCCCAAGAUAAGUUCGGUGCUGAAACAAUUCAUGCGUUAUCGUUUGCAGAGAAAGUGAAGCAGAUUAAACGAAAAAAAGCAACCAGACAAACAGUAGUGAACUAG